AUGGGACCUAAACUUGCUAGUGAAAUUCCAGUAAGCAGUAAUCAUACGAGUUACACUGAUUAUCUCAUUAACACUGACAAAAGGUUUCAAUUUACGCAAACUAACAAUGAUCAAGUAUUUUCAGUGUUAAGCAAACUAUGCAAAUCAAAAGCAACCGGUCUUGAUCAGAUCUCAGCCAGACUUGUUCGAGAAUGUGCUGAUCUUAUUUCUAGUUCCAUAACCAAUAUUUUUAAUCUUUCAUUAUUAUUGGGUACAUUUCCUGAAGAUUGGAAAUGUGCCAAAGUUACUCCAAUCUUUAAACAAGGUACACGGAAUGAAAUGAAUAACUACCGCCCAAUUUCUGUGAUUUCAGUAAUGGCUAAGGCCUUUGAACGAAUAAUCCAUAAUCAACUUUAUGCAUACAUGUUAGAACAUGAUUUGCUAUCCGAACACCAGUCGGGGUUUCGUUCUUUACAUUCAACGGCUACGGCUUUACUUGAGGCCACUGAUAGUUGGUCUUACAAUAUUGACCGCGGCAAUAUUAAUGCCGUGGUAUUUCUAGACCUGAAAAAGGCUUUCGAUACGGUCAACCAUGAGAUCUUGUUGUCUAAACUCAGAAACUAUGGAAUUCACGGAGUUGCCUACAAAUGGUUUAAGUCAUAUUUGAAAGACCGUAGGCAGAAAUGUUUUGUUAACGGGUCACUUUCAAAAAAAUGUAGUCUUAAGUGUGGAAUUCCUCAAGGAACGAUCCUAGGACCGCUCCUGUUUCUGGUAUUUAUUAAUGAUUUACCAAAUUGUUUAUCUAAUUCUCAUCCCAGAAUGUAUGCAGAUGACACUAAUCUUACAUAUUCUGGUAGCGAUACAAACAGUAUUCAAUUUCAUCUUAACGAAGACUUGGAAAACAUUAAUGAAUGGUUAAUAUCAAAUAAACUUACUUUAAAUAUGACUAAAACUGAGUACAUGUUAAUUGGGUCGAGACAACGUUUAAGUACUCUUUCUGACAAUCCUUCUUUUGAAAUAAAUGGAAUUCCUUUAGAUCGAGUUUCGACAACAAAAUCACUUGGUGUCUUAUUAGACGAAAAUCUUACUUGGAGUAGUAGUCAUAUCAAUAAAAUGACAAAACGAAUUGCUUCUGGUAUCGGUGCUAUUAAGCGGUUAAGGUCAUUUGUUUCAUUGGAAACAUUGCAUGUUAUUUACCAAGCUCUAAUACAACCACAUUUUGAUUAUUGUAAUGUUGUGUGGGGAAAUUGUGGGAAAACUUAGCCUGCGAACAGGCCCUGGGUUGCGGGCGGCGCGAAGAAUAGAGGGCCUGCACGGAACUAUAGGUUUUCUUGGUAGUGGCGUUCGUAUAGAAACGCAGGCUUCUGAUUGGCUUACACUCGUUGACAAAAUUACUAAAAAUAGCAAAUGUCAACAACAGCAUUUUGAAGAAUUUGAACUUUAUUCAUUUUAAUAUUAUAUAUUAUAAGACUAUCGAACAAAUAACACUAGAAAUGGAAACCAAAAGCAAUAGCAAAGCAUCACAGCAAAAACGUCUAUCAUAAAUGCCUUGAAUCUAUCGCUUAAAUUCAAUACUAUAACAGUAUUCUGAACUUCGUCUUCGGAUUGACAUCAGACUAUAGUACUACAUUUUGAGGUCGUCGUGGCUUCACGGAUUAUUCUCAUUAGUGAGCAAGUCAGCAAGCGAAGGCAUACAAAAGAUACCCAAAUAUGUACGAAUAAUUAUAUUGUUGAUCCUCGCUGGCAUGUCAUUUAGAUAAAUAUAUACCGUACAUUAAUUAAACGUUGUACUAUUAACUGUAUAAACUGCUGACAAUUUCGUCGUCGAUACGGCUUCCACUAUUGGCACACUCGUGAUUUCGAAGAAAUUAAUAAAUACAUGCUCAUUUAUCAUUUAUUUAGACCACAGUUAGUAAAAUUUUAGACGUAUUUGGUAUUCCAAACCCCAAUCUAUCUGCCCGUAUUUUAGUAACAGCUUCAAAUAUUCAGAACAUUGUUCUUUCAGUCGCACAUAGUACAAGUAUUACUGUACAUUCAAUGCCAAUGGUAGUAUUUUAUUCGGCUUUAUAUUUGUAUGUGUAUUGAUAUCUAUUUAAUAUUUGAAGAAUUCUAUAUUUUUCCGAGUAAUAAAUUGUGCGGCCCGCUAAUGCUUUGUAUUAUUGUUCACAUAACAUUAUGUAUACAUUUUAAUAUUCAGUAUUUCUUCGUUGUACAAUAAUGUACACGCCUUGCGUCAAUUUGACAGUUGACAGUUUAUUUAUCGCAGUCGACGCUGAUUGGUUCGCGUUUAGCAGAUGCGAAAAGGGGAUGAUUAAAUAAAACGCAUGGUUCCGUGCAGGCUCAUCUUUCUCCCAGUGAGCCUGUUCGCAGGCUAGGGAAAACUUUAUCUAACAAACUUCAAAAACUUCAAAACCGUGCAAUGCGUUUUUUUGUAAUUACUGUCAUGGAGGACGGUCAUGAAAUUUCAAGCUCCACUCAAAAGUCAAAUAACAACCUAAUUUUGGCUCAGUCUUUAAUAAAUUUGAUCGAUAAUCAUUCAGAAGGGACUGACAAGGUUAUGGACGGGAAUAAUGGCGAAACACAGAAGCUUGUAGAAGAAUUAAACACUGAAAUUUUAACGACAUCGACCGCAGCGGUUAAAGCAAAACUAUCGAAGGAUUCCUCGGCAAAGUUACACGGUAAAAGAGACAAGAUCAUGGAAUAUUGCAGGUACAAAUUUCCUAACUUUCCAAAAGACAAACCCUUACGUAGAAUAACCCGUUCUGGGGGGAAAUCUGCAAACGAGAAAUUGGCGAGUGAUAUUAUUGCCUUAGUGAAAUACUGUUGUUCAGAAGAAAUCACAGUUGAGAUCAAUGAGUUGUUUAAAAAGUCUUCGUCUGUACAUCCUGAAAUGUCGUUCAGUAGCUCGCAAGGUCAAAAAAUAACGAACUGUACUGACAUUGACCAAUUUACGAGUUUAGCUGAAAAUUUAGAUAUAAAAUUGUGUACAUUGAGAGAAGACUUUGAUCAGACUGUGACAUGCCUUAAAGACGAGAUCUCAGAGUUAAAGUCUGAUUUAUGUGCAAAGCAAGCUAAAAUUCAAGCUCUUGAAUCGGAACUUGCCACAUUUAAGGGGAAUUGUAAAUCUUCUUUGGAAAAUACGAAGGCGAAACUAGAAUCAUGUGAGAUUGAGUUAAAUAAAAAUGAAGAAAACAUAGCAAAACAUGAAAGCAAUUUUCAAAAGCUAUCUAAAGACCUUGAGAAACUUAGAAAGGAAACAAAAGAAAUUGGCAAAGUAAAAUCAAUUAGUAAAAACCCAUUAGCGAUAACAAUUGAAAAUCAAUCUUCUGAGUCAAACAAAAAUAUAUACGUAGAAGCUGCAAAUACAAUUUUGAGCUCAGAGGAAAUUAAAACAAAAAAAACUGACAAAGCAAAAUCAAUUAGGGAAAAUUCAUUAGCGACAACAAUUGAAAUCCUAUCUCCUGAGGCUAAUUAA